UAAGAACAUAAGAAAGGAGGAACACUGCAGCAGGCCUGUUGGCCCAUACUAGGAAGGAAAAUAAGAAGCUGCAGCAACAUUCAGAAGAGAUGAAGAAAGAUAAUACUAAUGAAUGGACACUGGUGGGCAAAAAAGGGAUUAGGAUUGAUAUAAAGAGUAGUAAAGGAGGAGACGUAGAGAGUGUCAACUUCUCAUUACUGUACGAGGAAAACACAGAGGAAGGGUCAACUAAACAAAAUCAAGUGAGUGAGGUGAAGAAGUUGAACUCUAAUGGGGAGCAGCAGGUCCUACACAAUAUAUAUCUCCGGGAAAAGCUGAAAGACCUGCAAAAAUACUUGGAGAAUGAUUUGAGUAAUAUUGUGGAAAAGCGCUUGGAAGAAUUUGAAGAGGAGAGCCUUCCUGUAGCAGGAUGUCUGGUCAGAAGUUCAACCUCGUCUUUUUCUGCUCUCACACAGUCGUACGACAGAGGCAAGGACCCGGUGAUUUUCCCUAGUCGUUUGUACUUUGCCUUCCACCCUUGGGUUAAAAGGGGAAUUACUGACGUUAACCAUGUAGAGAGCAAUUUUAACAUCUUCGUUCUAUCUUGGGUUUUGGGCUUUUUCUUCAACAAAAUUUUAGGGGGAAAAGUCAUCCAUACUGGAAGCCCAAAUCUAGAUCUUUCCCUCAUAAUCUGGGCCUUUGGUGAACUUGACCGAGUAAUUGUGAUAUGGGUUUGCAUGUUCACGAGUACGUCAGUCCUGGUCUACAUAAGCUUCCACCACUGGGCACACUUCAGACAUACUGUGCCAGUUGUGUAUGACACAGUUGGAGGACUUGUAUAUGUGGCAUACCUGAUCCUCUUCCUCUAUCUGCCUUUAGAGUCUCUCCUCUAUAAUGCACUUCCUCCAGCAUCCUCUUUCAUUAUUCUGUGUGAACAAGUUAGAAUGUUUAUGAAGACUUGGGCGUUUGUAAGAAGUAACCUCAGUCGUGCCGUCAAAUACAAAAAAGACGAAGAAAUUCAGGUCAAAAGUAUCUGUCCAGACUUUUCACACUACCUGUAUUUCCUCUUUGCACCAACUUUAGUUUAUAGAGAUGAAUAUCCAAGAAAUGAAAGAUGUGACUGGCAGAAAGUGAUUAAUGACUUAAGCCAAGUUAUUGGUUGUUUAUUUUAUACUCACUUUCUGUUUGUGCGGUUUUGUGUACCUGUCUUCCGGAAGUUUGGUCAGGAGUCUUUCACUACGACCAACCUGAUGGUGGCAGUAUUUUCAUGCAUGUUUCCCGGCUCGCUGGUACUCUUGUGUGGGUUCUUUGCCAUCCUUCAUGCCUGGCUGAAUGCAUUUGCCGAAAUGAUGCGCUUUGCUGACAGAAUGUUCUAUAAGGAUUGGUGGAACUCGACAUCCUAUGCUCGGUUCUACCGAACUUGGAACUGCGUAGUACAUGAUUGGCUGUACGAAUAUGUGUACAGGGACAUUGUUUACUGGCAGAGAAAACAGGGCGAAGGCUGCGCACGGCUUCGAUGCUUCCCAAUGCUGGUGGUGUUUUUUAUAUCUUCGGUGGUGCAUGAAUACAUCUUCGCCUUUGCAUUUAAGUUCUUUUAUCCGGUCCUUCUCAUCAUGUUUGGAGGCUUUGGAGUUGCCUUUAUGUUUGUAAACAGUAAUGCUCGUCAGUUCAACAUCUUCCUCUGGGUUACCCUAAUACUUGGUACAGGCAUUUUAAUGUGUUUAUACAGCAUGGAGUGGUAUGCUCGCAUCAACUGCCCGCCUCUUUAUGAGGGGUUCCUUGACUACCUGGUGCCACGGAGCUUAGUUUGUGAAUUUUCACAAGGUUAGAAAAAAAGUAUCGAAACCUUUUGUAAUGUAUUUUUUGAAUGACCAAGUUAAUAUGUAUUACUAACUUAUAUUACUGAUAUACAGAAUUAAUUUAUCAGUCUGCAGUAUAUAAACAUUUGUGUAUAUAAUGCCAUCGUUCUUCACUAAAUAUUUUAGUAGUAUAGUACAAAGAAAAUAUGACAUAAUUUGAAUGUAUUGUACAUUACCAAAAUCUGUAAUACUGUGGUACAAAUGAUUUUUAUUCCAAUACUACACUAUAAAAAACUAAGGAGAAAUUACACAAACAUUAUAUUAGAAGAAUGUCACCACAAUACUCACACUUUGGACAGAUAACUUUCAGCGAUGUUUUGGUCCAGUCUGGACCAAAACAUCGCUGAAGAAACUUAAGACCUGGUAAUGAUCCACAUUGGACUGAAACGUUGUCUGAAGUUUUCUCUCCAAGUGAAGAUUAUUUGUUACUACACAUGUGUUCACGGAAGAAAAUGUGAGUAAUAACACAAUUGCAAACAAACCACGGAACAGAUGAGGUUUGAACCCAUGGCUUACACACUGCUCAGGAGUUGUAUGCCUCACUUGCCAUAGGUUCUAACCUCACCUGUUCCCUGUUUUUUUAGUGUGAAUAAAUUUGUGGGACAGU